AUGAACAACGUCGAUACUCUGACUAGCACCGGGAUGCGUCUUCUUGAGAACAGAAUCUCGCUCACACAGCGUCCACCACGUCAUGCACCUGAAAAUGGAAAUAACUCGACACAGCCUUCACAGUCCGUGGCUACUCAACUACGAAGAGGCAUGCGGAACGAUGAGAUGGAAGAUAUUGAGCACCUCUUGCCAUGCCUCGCCCUCAUGAGUGGCUUCACCCACUUUUUUAACUCGCAUCGCACUGCAAUGCCGAUGAUGAACGGCACUCCGAUUCUCGAGCUACCUGAGCCAGGCGUUACAGUAGUUGCCAAGCUCGAAGUCUUCUGGGGUCAAUUCUUUACGCGCGCCGUCGUGCACAUUAUGCGCUCGCUACACGACCAGCUUCGAUACAAGCAGCGCAACAUUACACAGGCCGCACUGGAACAAGCUACAUUCCUGUCAUACAUACGAAUGUGGGACUCCGUCCUGGAAGUAUACCUCAAAGACCCUUCUCUUGAGGAUGACGCAAGACGAGCUCUGCGAAAGAUACAAAUCCAUCGGCUCUUGAUCCACAUCGUCAUCAGCUGCGGUCUCGACCGGACUGAUAUGUGCUACGACGCAUUCGAGGCUGACUUUAGGGACCUCUUGAACAGGAUCGUGACGUACAUGCGUGACCCGGGACCGAUCUUAAAGGUCGGCUUUACCUUCGCAGAAGGCCUCACAACUCCGCUCGCCACCAUCGUCGCCAAGUGCCGCAAUCACGAGCUGAGGAUGCAAGCUGUUCACCUCCUCAAUACCAUGGCAUGGAGGGAAAGUGCCUGGGAUGGGAAGGCGCUCGUCAUUGGCAAGUCUGGCGUAGUGAUGUUGGAGGAAAGAGGGAUGGAUGCAAAUGGGUUCAUACCGUCUGGGUCGAGGUGGGUUUGGAUGUCAGGUAAAUGGGAUCUCGAGAAGCGUGAGCUUGUCGCCACGUACUUGAGACUGAUGCCGAAUGAGGACGGCUCGCCGGUCCAUGCCCACUUGGAGCUUGACAUGGAUAACUUGCUGGAUACGUGUAGCAUGGUGGGAUGUCAUGGACGUCAUGAUCCUUUCGAGUGCUAUCAAGAGUGA